AAAAAAUGUGUGGCAUGUAUGGACGUUAGACGUUACGUGUACAGACGAUAUAACGCGUAAUUGCGUGUAAUUUCAUGUCCUGAAACGCGUGUCUGCAGCUGAAUACUGUCAUAAUGUAACAGCUGAGCUCUGCACUGCAGGAUUGUUCGAGUGUUUGAGGAGUUUAUCACAGACUGUGUGCGUCCAUUCGACUAAAAGUGAGUGGAGGAGAUCAAACUCAUCAGAUUCUCCUGCAGCUUCAUCAUGGCUGAUUCACAAGGAUCCAGAGAUGGAGAUUUUUCUCCAGGAUGCAGUUCAGUCCAGCAGAAGAGCUCAAACCCAGAGUCCAGCUGUGUGUCUGUGAAGAGUAACUGGUCUAUGGAGAACCCACUAACGUUUAAGAGUGGAGACAAACGGCCUGAUCUCAGUUCAGUCCAGCAGAAGAGAUCAAACCCAGAGUCCAGCUGUGUGUCUGUGAAGAGUAGCUGGUCUAUGGAGAACCCACUAACGUUUAAGAGUGGAGACAAACGGCCUGAUCUCAGUUCAGUCCAGCAGAAGAGAUCAAACCCAGAGUCCAGCUGUGUGUCUGUGAAGAGUGACUGGUCUAUGGAGAACCCACUAACAUUUAAGAGUGGAGACAAACGGCCUGAUCUCAGUUUUAAAACCAGUUCAGUCCAGCAGAAGAGCUCAAACCCAGAGUCCAGCUGUGUGUCUAUGAAGAGUAACUGCUCUAUGGAGAACCCACCAGAGUUAAAGAGUGGAGACAAACGGCCUGAUCUCAGGUCAAAUCUUCAAUCCAGACCAGUUAAAAACAAAACUGUGUUCACGCCUGUGAUUCAACCACAAGACUUUAAUGAGAGCAUGAAUCCUGGUUUCAGCCAUGACUCUAAACCUGCUGAAGUCCUCAACACAUUGAGAUCAAAUCUGAGGAAGAAGUUUGAGUGUUUGUAUGAGGGAAUAUCAAAGCAGGGAAACCCAACACUCCUGAAUGAGAUCUACACAGAGCUCUACAUCACAGAGAGUGAAAGUGGAGAGAUCAGUAAUGAGCAUGAGGUGAGACAGAUUGAGACACAGUCCAGGAGAGCAGAAACAGAGGACACACCGAUCAAAUGCAGUGAUAUCUUUAGACCUUUACCUGGACAAGACAAACCCAUCAGAACUGUGCUGACAAAGGGAGUCGCUGGCAUUGGAAAAACAGUCUCUGUGCAGAAGUUCAUCCUGGACUGGGCUGAAGGGAAAGAGAAUCAGGACGUCCAGCUCAUAUUUCCACUUCCUUUCAGAGAGCUCAACUUGAUGAAAGACAAAACACUCAGUCUUUCAGAUCUUCUUCAUGUCUUUUUCCCUGAAACAAAAGAAAUGGAAAUAUCCAGUGACAAAUAUAAAGUGUUGUUCAUCUUUGAUGGUCUGGAUGAGUGUCGUCUGUCUCUGGAUUUUCAGAGCGAUGUGAGGUUGUGUGAUGUGACUGAAUCAGCCUCAGUGGACGAGCUGCUGAUGAACCUCAUUGUGGGGAAUCUGCUUCCCUCUGCUCUCAUCUGGAUCACCUCCAGACCAGCAGCAGCUGAUCUCGUCCCCUCUGAGUGUGUCCAUCGAGUGACAGAGGUACGAGGAUUCAGUGACCCACAGAAGGAGGAAUACUUCAGGAAGAGAAUCAGUGAUCAGAGUCUGGCUGACAGGAUCAUCUCACACCUGAAGUCAUCAAGGAGCCUCUUUAUUAUGUGUCACAUCCCAGUGUUCUGCUGGAUCUCAGCUGCUGUUCUAGAGAAGAUGUUGAGGAAAUCAUGGAAAAGAAAGCUCCCCAAGACUCUCACUCAAAUGUACACACACUUCCUGAUCAUUCAGACCAACAUCAAACAUGAGAAGGACUAUGAGAAGAACGUGAAAGAUGAAGACAUGAUCCUCAAACUGGGGAAAGUGGCUUAUCAGCAGCUUGUGAAAGGAAACCUGAUCUUCUAUGAGGAAGACCUGAGAGAGUGUGGCAUUGAUGUGACAGAAGCAUCAGUGUACUCAGGAUUGUGCUCUCAGAUCUUCAGAGAGGAGUUGGGCUUGUAUCAGGGGAAAGUCUUCUGCUUUGUUCAUCUGAGCAUUCAGGAACAUCUAGCAGCUCUAUAUGUGCAUCUCUCCUUCAUAAACAAGAACAUCAAUGUGUUUGACCAGAUUACCAAACCAACUAAUGGAGACAAAGUUUCACUAUCUGAUCUCCAUCAGAGAGCUGUGGAUGAGGCUUUAGACAGUAAAAAUGGGCAUCUGGACCUUUUCCUUCGUUUCCUUCUGGGUCUGUCAGUGGAGUCUAAUCAGAGUCUCUUACAAGAACUAAUGACACAGACAGGAAACAGAUCUCACAACAAUGAGAAAACAGUUGACUAUAUUAAAGAGAAGAUCAGUGAGAAUCCCUCUCCAGAUAAAUACAUCAAUCUGUUUCACUGUCUGAAUGAACUGGGUGAUCUUUCACUAGUGAACGAAGCUCAACCUCAUACUUAUGGAGGAUUACGUGAUGUGAAACUCUCCUCAUCUCAGUGGUCAGCUGUAGUUUUUGUGUUGUUGACCUCAGAGAAGACAAUGAAGGUGUUUGACCUGAACAGAUUAAUUGGAGGCAGAAAUGAUCAUGACGCAGUAAACACAGCAGAUGAAGUUCUUCAGAAGAUGCUGCCUGUGGUUACAGCAACCAGAUCAGCUGUGUUGAGGAAGUGUGGUGUCACAGAUGAAGGUUGUGCUGCUCUGGCUUCAGCUCUGAGAUCAAACCCCUCACACCUGAGAGGACUGCAUCUGUCUGGGAAUAAUCUAGGAGACUCAGGAGUGAAGAUAGUCUCUGCUGUACUGGAGAAUCCCCACUGUAAACUGGAGGAACUGUGGUAAGAUCAUAUGUGACUC